AUGUCUCGCCCUACGAGUCCUGCGCCAUUGGAAAAAUCACAGACGAUAGAUGAAGAAGCUGCGGUGCCGCCACCGCAGCCAAAGCAACCGCCACCCUACUCUAUCUACACGAAAUGGGAAAAACGAGCCAUUGUCCUAGGAGCCUGCCUGGCCGCCUUCUUCUCGCCCUUCACCGCCCAGAUAUACCUCCCGGCGCUGACGGUACUGGCCGACGAGUUCCACGUCUCCAACUCGGACAUAAAUCUUACCGUGACGACUUAUAUGAUUUUCCAGGGCGUUAUCCCCAUGUUCAUCGGCUCCUUGGCCGACCACAGCGGUCGUCGACCCGCAUAUGUCAUCUGCUUUGUUGUUUACAUUGCAGCAAAUAUCGGUCUGGCCCUCUCUCAGAACUACGCCUCUCUUCUCAUCGUCCGCUGUCUACAGUCGGCGGGCUCUAGCAGCACCGUCGCCCUGGCCUCGGCAGUUGUGGCAGAUACCGUCACUUCUGCCGAGAGAGGGCAGUACGUUGGACUCACCGUAGUCCCUAUUGUGUUGGCCCCUGCCUUGGGUCCAGUCCUUGGUGGCGUCUUUACCCAAUAUCUCGGCUGGAGGUCCAUCUUCUGGUUCCUCGCCAUCUUAGCCGGCGUCUACUUUGUCCUCCAGCUGCUGUUCUUCCCGGAGACGUGCCGGUUGAUCGUCGACGACGGAUCCCUUCGGCCGCCCCGGCUGUAUCGCACCGGUUACCAGCUGCUCAAAGACCACUUCCGGGCCAGGAGGGGGACCGGAGCCCCGAUGAUGAGGUCCACGACGGGGGCUUCGAGCACUUCCAAGCCUGCUCUGAAAUUCAAGCUGAACCCCUUCGGGUCGCUUCUCCUGCUCUUCGAGCGAGAGCUUGGCCUCCUUCUCGGUUUCAGCGCCAUUGUCUUUGCCGGGUUCUACGCCAUUGCCACCUCCAUGCCGACCCAGUUCGAGGCGAUAUACGGCUUCGACACUCUGAAAAUCGGUCUCAUGUAUCUGCCCUUGGCCGGUGGGUCUGUCGUUGCUGCUUUCGUUGUCGGGCCGCUGAUCAACUGGAACUAUCGUCGGCACUGCAAGAGGCUGGGCAUCCCUUUGGACAAGUCUCGCCAACAAGACCUGACCGACUUCCCCAUUGAGAAGGUCCGCCUGGAGAUUGCUUUGCCGCUGCUGUUUGUGAGUUCAAUACUCCUUUUGAUUUGGGGCUGGGCUCUCCAUCUCCGGGCCCCUGCGGCUGUCCCUUGCGUGCUGCUCUUCCUCUUCGGAGUAGGCAUGAUCGGCUUCAACAACACCACCAACACCCUCAUCAUCGAUAUCCACCCGGGCAAGGCUGGAACUGCGACGGCGGCGAACAACUUGACCAGGUGUUUGCUGGGCGCGGCCGCAAGUGCGGCAAUUAUUCCCAUGAUCGAUGGCAUGGGUGUGGGCUGGGCCUUCACUUUCUUGGGUCUCUUGUACGUUGUUUUCAGCCCGGCCUUGUUCGCCGUCAUGCACUGGGGUAUGAAGUGGCGCAAGGCGGCCAAGGCCAAGGAGCUCAAAAAGAACACAGCUUAA